AUGGUGGCAACAAUCAUCGUUGACUUUCAGUACUGCUUCAUCUUUAUACUCCUCUGCUUCUCCUCACUACUCUGUUACACUCUCUUCUUCAGGAAACCAAAGGACUCAUGUGUUGACUUUCCUUUGCCUCCAAGUCCUCCUUCUCUACCCAUCAUCGUCCUCGUCUCCUCAGCCUCAGUUGCUUAUGAGAUCUUCAGGGCACACGACGUGAACAUCUCCUCUCGCGGUUUACCUCCGACAGAAGAUUCUCUUUUCGCUGGAUCUUUCAGCUUCAUCUCUGCUCCCUAUGGAGAUUACUGGAAGUUCAUGAAGAAGAUUCUUGCAGUGAAGAAAGAGAGCGUGGAGAUCUGUGAGGAAGCGUUGAAGCUUACUAUCAACAGCAUCUGCAAGUUGAUCAUGGGGAGGUGUUGUCUGGAGGAGGGAGGUGUGGCGGAGAGAGUCAAGCGAUUAGCUAAUGAGUUAGAUGUUAUGACGAGGAAGAUUUUGUUGGCAAACAUGUUGCCCCCAUGGUUAAAGAAGCUUGUUCUCUCACUGUUUAAAAAGGAAGUGAUGGUUGUUUCCAACAGGUUCAAUGAGCUUAUUUACAGAUUUCAGGUGUCGUAA